ACCCUGAUGUUAGUUCCUGAGAAGUCCUGAACAUCCUCCAUUCAAGUUGGUUUCAACAGGAGUUGUGGGUGCCCAGCACCUCCCCGAAUAAGCUUUCAGGCUGCACAGAGGACUAUGUUUUCAUCAGUGAAAUCGUUCAAAGAUCAGAAGUAUCAUGAACUCAAGCAGCAGUGCAUCAAACAAGGACGACUCUUUGAAGAUCCUGAGUUUCCAGCAUCGGACGAAUCCCUUUUCUACAACAGGUGCCCCCCUGGAAGAGUGGAAUGGAAGCGGCCAAAGGAGCUCUGUGAAGACCCACAGCUGUUUGUGAAUGGAAUCAGCGCCCAUGACUUGCACCAAGGGAAGCUGGGGAACUGCUGGUUUGUGGCGGCUUGCUCCUGCUUGGCUCUUCGGGAGAAUCUCUGGCGAAACGUGAUUCCAAGCUUUAAGGAACAAGAAUGGGAUUCAAAGAGACCCCAGAAAUAUGCUGGGAUUUUUCACUUUCAGUUCUGGUAUUUUGGACAGUGGACUGAUGUUGUCAUAGACGAUAGAUUGCCAACAAUUAAUGGGGAGCUGAUCUACUGCCAUUCCAACGUGGAGAAUGAAUUCUGGAGCGCACUACUGGAGAAAGCUUAUGCAAAGCUGGCUGAGUCUUAUGAAGCCCUGGAUGGAGGCACUGCUGCAGAUGCAAUUGUCGAUUUCACUGGAGCAGUGGCAGAAUCCAUUGACCUGGUAAAGGGCAAAUAUUGUGAGAAUAUUUCUGAGCAAAUGAAGCUGUUUGAAGACUUGCUGAAAGUACAUAAAAGAGGCGGGUUAAUCAGCUGUUCCAUCGCGACUUCAUCCCCCAAUGACACCGAGGUGGAGACAAAGAUGGGUCUGAUCAUAGGCCAUGCCUACUCGGUGACGGCAAUUCAGAAGGUGCGCCUCGGAGAGAGGCUCCUGUUCUCUUUUAAGUCAGAAAAGCUCUUCAUGAUCAGAAUGAGGAAUCCGUGGGGAAAGAAGGAGUGGAACGGUGCAUGGAGUGACCAGUCUGAAGAAUGGAAGAAAGUGAGCGACUCAGAGCGUAAGAGCUUGGGACUCACUGUUCAAAAUGAUGGCGAGUUCUGGAUGACAUUUGAUGACUGGUGUCAGAACUUCACCGACGUUGACGUCUGUCGUAUUGUGAACACUUCAUACUUCAGCAUCCACAAAACCUGGGAGAAAAAAAUGGUGCGCGGGGCGUGGACCAAGCAUUCAGAACCACUGAAAAACCGCUCCGGAGGAUGUUUCGAUUACAGAGCCACCUUCUUACAGAAUCCCCAGUAUGUCUUCGAUGUCAAGAAGGGUGAGGACAAAGUGCUGAUUUCACUACAGCAAGAGGAUCAGCGCAUUUACAAGAAAGAUGGGAAAGGGGACAACUUCCCUAUUGGCUUUGAAAUCUUCAAGGUGGAGCUUAACAGAGACUAUCGGAUACACAAGCUGCAAAUACAAGAGCGAGUGGCAACCUCCAUUUAUGUCAAUACACGCACUGUGUUCCUGAGGAAGCUCCUUGCACGGGGUCGCUAUGUUCUUAUCCCAACAACACACUAUCCUGGCAUUGUCACUGCAUUUAUCCUGAGGCUCUUUACAGAUGUGCCAUCAAAACUCAGGGAGCUGAAGCUAGAUAAGCCUAAAUGGACAUGCUGGAGCAUUCUGUGUGGUUACCCUCGCAUAGUCACCGAAAUUAAAAUUCACUCCGCAGAAGGUCUACAGAGGCAAGACAGAUCAGGUGGAGCAGAUCCCUACCUGAUUAUCAAGUGUGAGAAUCAAAAAGUUCGCUCUGCUGUCCAGCAAGACACCGUCAGUGCCAUUUUUGACACACAAGCACUUUUCUACAGAAAGAACAUCAAGCGUCCCAUAAUUGUCCAGGUCUGGAAUAGUAACGUCUUGUGUGACCAGUUCCUUGGACAAGUGCUGCUGGCUGCACUCCCUGAUGACCCCAGAGAACCGCAGACUCUCCAGCUCCGGGGAAAAGGCGGCCGAGAAGCAGACGAAAUGCCAGGUCACAUCACCGUCAAGGUUGUUUCCAGUGACGACCUCAUGGAGCUAUGAAUACCGGCGCCCCGCAGACCCAGACAAAGCUGUCGCCUCACAGCAAGAACGCUUGUCUGUGCUUUCAGUGUGAACGACUCGGGAGCAAAGGUUUCCAGAAAGCCCUCUCUUGCUCAGUCUGACCAUGGGGUUGUGUGCGUGCUGGGAAGGGGUGACUUUUUUUUGUUUUUUUUUUAAUGGAAAAAAUAUAUAAUGCAGCAACUAUGGCAGGAGAUGGGCCACUCUAAAACUCUGUGACAACACUCGCUACCAAACCGCCACCUCCCCAUCUGUUCCAGCUGGGGGUGACAUUGCAGUAGAUUGAGGCGCACAAUCCUACAGCGCAGUGUUUUUGUUGUUGUCUAUUUCAGGGCACCAGGCAGGAAAGGCGCUAAUGUCCAUGGUGCACAGGUAGGGGGGAUGGAGUGCAGGAGCUGGGCCCAUGACUAAAUCCAUGCCCAGCCUUUGAAAUAUUUACCAGCACCUUGUCAUUUGUGAGGGAUUUGUCUGGGCUGCGGUUGUUUGAAAUGAGUUACUUUUCAUUUAAUCCUACAAUAAUUUGUAUUAACAGCACUAUUAUUACUACUAAUCAUACAUUACUGUGCCUCAACUGAAACGUCAUUGCUAGAACAAUCAAAGCAGUCAUUCAAAAUGCAUAAGAAUGGGAACCUGGUGGAAGAAAAAUCCCAAUGUUAAAAUGAUAGACCCAAAUCCUGCAGUCUUUACUCAGGCAUUGUAGCCAAUGGGAAUUUUGCCUGCAUAAGGGCUGCUGGAUUAGACCCAUAUUCCCUUUUCCCGAGCCAGCUGAACUCACAAGGUCACAUUUCUGACCACAGGAAGACACCUGGAAAUUCAGCAGUGGCUUGGAUCUAGUACAAACUCUUAGUAACAAGAUUCUGUUUGCAGAGCAGCAGUGCUCUAAUAAAUGAGAUGCUUUAA